CUCCAUUUUCUACUCACAUAGCUUCCAUUUUUUCUCUUCUCCAACAUCAUCAAUGGAGGACGAAGAAGAAACACAACAAAUACUAAAAGUUCUCGAAGCACUAAAACAAGCUUCACAACAACUACAAUCCAACCCAGAAUCCGAUACAUCCGAAUCCGACUCAUCUUCUUCAUCCGCCAUUAAAGCUUUGCUCGAGCUCGACACUUACUCCGACCCAAACCUCUUAAACCUAUCUCACCAUCUCUCCGAUCUCAAAACCCUAAUUUCUUCUUUAGAUAAAUCGAAACACAAACAUGGUAGAAUCAAAUCAUUCCUCACUCGAAGAGUCAAAACUCAUGAAAUCACAAAAGUCGCAGAAUCAAUCGAAUCAGAAAUCCAAGCUUGGAUUGAUCGAGAAUCGAUUACAAAUCUCACUAAUCAGCUUCAACAAAUCCGUUUACAAUCAAAUUCAUUGCAAUACGAAGAAGAAGAAGAUGAAAUUGUUGAGAAAUUAACUAUUUUCCAUGAUCGAUUGAGUCAGGGUUUCAACAUAAACCUUCAGGAUUUGUUGUUGAAAUCAAAAAUAUUCUCCGAACUCGAAUUUCUCCUCUGCUGCAACUGUAAUGUGCCACAAAAAGUGCGUGAAAAAGCCGGAUACGCUUUGAAAGAAGUUGUACUUUUCAACAAAGACGUAUUCGUUGGGCAAGUUCUAAUAGGUCAAACAAUAAAAGCUUUAAUUUCCAUGGAUUCAUUGUGUUCAUUGGAAGUCUUAUCUUCUCUUAUAAAAGCAAUUAGAAGUCCUCUUGUUGAUGUAAUCGAAUCCGUUGGUGGAAUUUCAAAGGCAAUUUCAUAUUUAAACUCAGAUGAUUUGCCAUUCAAGGUAACUGCGAUGGAUUUUGUACUUGAAAUUGGCUAUUUUGGGAGGAAAGAAGCUGUAGAAGCAAUGUUGAAUUGCGGGUUGAUUAACAAAUUGGUGGAAUUACAGAGGUCUGAUUUGGGUGGUGAUUUGAUUGAUUUGGGAAAAGUUCAUGAGGAUAGUGAAGAAGAAAUAGACGAAGAUGAACCCGAAGAAAAAGGGAAGACGAAGAAGAAGAAGAAAAGGGGAAAUAGAGAAAAGAGAUUUUUGGAGAAGCAUCCAUUUGCGAGCUGUGUAGCAAGAUUUACAGUGCAAUUGGAAGUAGGAGAAGGAUUAAGGCAGAGAGAAAAAAGAGGAUUUAAACAGGAGAUAUUGAAGAAGAUUAGAGAAGCUUGUAAUACUGAUGCUGAAGCUGCCACCAUUGUUGCUGAAGUUUUAUGGGGUUCUUCACCUUGAACUUGGUUUCAGCCUGCAAGUAAGCACGCGAGUCGC